GACUAAUCUCUGUUGCCAAAAUAACAAUUACGACGCCUCUCACAAGCCAAGCUAUUUGGAAUUUAGGAAUAACUGAACCAUGAAACUCGCACCAACUUUUCUAAUUGUGUCAAUACGCACAAUUUUUUGUAGUUUAUUUUGUAAUUGACGAGUUCAAACUAAAGAAGCACAACAUGACUUUCAAAUACUUGCUUUGUCUCAUUUUGCUCUUCAAAUUCGGACAAAACGUUGUGGGCGUGGAAAAUGGGACACGAAAGAGCCUGCCUCAAGGUGAAAGUGGUGAUGCCUCUGAAAGUCUCCUUGGACAUCAUUUUGUCAACUUGACCCGUUGCAGCCAUACUCAGCUUAAUUUAAGUAAAGAAUCGUUGGACUAUAAUUGGGAUCUCAAAGGAUUUCUCGAUUAUUAUAUUUUUAUGAAGAAGUUUGAGCAAGUUUUCGAAGUUAAAACGGAAGAAAUUAAUUUCAAAUCAGACAUUGUGGAUGGAAAAUGGUACUUCAAGAUUAUCAAAGUCAUUACACCUGGCAAUACUCCUUCUGAAGAUAUUAUUGUGUCCAGCACAUAUUCCUACGAGGCCAAACAGCCCAAAAAACUGCAUUUCUACGUCAAAUUGUCCCUAAUUCACAACAAGAAGGAAAUUGUUCUUCCAAUUCAAAAGUCCACAAAUGCCAUGGUCAUGCAACAAAGACUUUAUAAUCGACGUGGGUAUUCCAGCUACCUGGAAUACGUGCAUACUUUCACCUGGCCAAGUUUAGGAUCUACUAUCGAAAGUAUUUUAAAACUUUCCACCUCCUCCAGACUUCCAGAUUCAUCCAGACAAAACGGUGAGCUAGAAGAAGACGAGUCCUUCAUUGGUGAGGAUGGUCGACUUACGUUCAAGAAAGAAAGUGAAGAUGUAACUUUGAGGUUCAAAAUCAUCGCAUAUUUCCCAACUGACCCUGUUUUCACGGGCUCGGAAAAUUGCCAGCAUUUGCUGAAGACCACUUUCUCGGAGGAGUCAGAAGGGCUGGUGAGAGAUGGAGAGUCGUCAUCGCCAAAAACCCAUGCAGUUUGGAAAUAUGGCAUUCCACCCUAUGUGAAACAUGCAAAUAGCAUGCUUCACGAUGUCAAAUAUUCAGACGUGAUCCUUAAAGUCAAAGUGGGAGAUGGAGACCAACUGUUCACCGCACAUCGAAUAAUUUUAUCAACAAGUAGUCCAGUAUUUUCUGCGAUGCUCUACAAUUCGACAGAUUUGGUAGAAAGUACAAACGAAAUAUUAUUUGGCAACAGCAAUGGAACCAGUAUAAAUCGCUAUCUGACGGAAUUAAACCUUGGCGAAUCUCUGAGUGCUGAAGUGGCUGAAGAAUUGCUUCGAUACAUUUACACUGGGAUGGUCUCGUAUGAAAAAAUGGCGGAUAAACUGAUUCUCGCCGCACAUAAAUACGAGCUCCCCGAACUAAAGAAAUUGUGUGAGAGAUAUUUAUUGCCAAGAAUUAAGACGGAAAAUGCCAUCCAAAUGUACACCGUUGGACAUGAAGUGGGCUCAAGUAAAAUAGUUAGACGUGCUUUGGCGAUAAUGAAGGCAAACAAGACGAAACUGGUGACGCAGUCCGCAGAAUUCCAACGAUUGUCUAUCGAGCAUCCCGGAUUAAUGUACGAGCUAUUUGUGUCCCCUUAAUUUAAUUUAUUUUGGAUAUAUGUAUUUAUUGCAUAUGUUUAUAAGCAGCGAAAACUGAAUGAAUAUAUAUGUGCACAUUACUUAAAUUCA